ACCUAUAUUAAAACUUUUAAUCCAUCGUUCUCUUGACUAUUCAGCUGUUCAGACGUUAUUCCUCUAAAAUCUCAUCUUUUUUUUGUUCUUGCUUUCUGCACCGAAAUUUUCUGCUGGUGCAAAUAGAUUUUCAUCUCUACACCUUUAGAAACCACAAUGCAAGCCACCACAAUUUUAACCAGAGCUAGGGUUGCGCUCCCAAGGAUCACAAAACGUAACAUCGGAAUCACAGCCCCGGCUCUUCAAAAAGCCUCUGAUCCUAUCCAGCAAUUGUUCUUGGACAAGAUCCGAGAGUACAAGCAGAAAAGCAGUGGGGGAAAGUUGGUAGACCCGACCCCCGAGAUCCAGAAGGAGAAGCAGUCAGAGCUGGAUAGAGUGGCAAGGCAGUUUGGUGGUGGUUCUGGCGUAGACAUGACCAAGUUCCCUGAAUUUAAAUUCCCAGAGGCGAAACUGUCUCCUUCAUAAGUUUGGCUUGUAAAAUCUACCUCUAGAAUCAGUUUUCACUUGUUAUAUUGUGUUAAAUAAAAUAAUUCUUAAGUAGA